UCCACUUGCAUAUUCCUACAGUAGUGUGUUAUCCAUAAACCCUAAUUCUUCUAACUACUCUCUCAGCCUAAUCCACCGUCACUAGCGUUCAAGCUAAAGAUCAAAUGGAGAUGAUACCUAUGAUAAUGGAGCUAGAUGAGCUUCCGGAACAGUUUUCUCUUCCUUUCCAAGAUCUUUCCGACUCACCACUCAUGGAAUUCUCCGGCGGAAGCUCCACCAGCAACCACCCAUCCCCACCACCACAACCACAGUUCAUGUAUCGUAACCAACUACCUGUAAUUCUUCCAUCGCCACAAAUCAGGGCGUUACGCGAAUUUCCACGAUGCAGCUGGUUUCAGCAGAAACCGGACUCGGUAGAGGCCAUGAGGGAGAUGAUAUUCCGGAUGGCGGCGUUGCAGCCAGUUCAGAUAGACCCGGAGUCUGUCAAGCCACCAAAGAGACGGAACGUGAAGAUAUCAAAGGACCCACAGAGUGUGGCUGCGAGGCACCGGAGGGAGAGGAUCAGCGAGAGGAUUAGGAUAUUGCAGAGAUUAGUUCCCGGAGGUACUAAAAUGGACACAGCGUCGAUGUUGGAUGAGGCUGCUCAUUACAUGAAAUUCUUGAAAAAACAAGUGCAAUCAUUGGAACAAGCUGCAGCUGCCGGUGGUGGUGGUGGUGGUGGUGGCGGUAUGCCAACAAAAACAUCACCACUUCCGGGGUUGAACGUUAUUGGCACCACCACCACCAUGAACAAUCACGGUACGAAUAAUCACUCUAAUUUUGUUCGAGCCUGUGGUCAGCCUAGUACUCAAGCUUCUCUUACGGUAGGUUCUAUGGAGUUGCUUAGGUAAUUCCUGUGAAUGAAGGAGGGUUAGGGACUUAGGGGUAGGGGGAGCUGGGGCUAGGAUGGAGGGUAGUUUAGUAAUUUGAGAUGGGAUCAUGCUGUGAGGAUCUUAAGAUUGAACUAUGCUAGCAAUUACAUGUGUAAUGGAAAUUGAAUCAGUUAUUUAUGGGUGUAGUAGCAAAUACAAGCUCAUAAUUAAUUCAAUAUUAACUGGGAUCAUGUGUAUAAUUAAUUAAUUACAAAUCAUAGAAUUAUAAUAGGGGAAAAGUAUUUCUUGUGUAUUAGGAUAUGGGAAUUAACCAGCCAGCUUCUAUUCAGACAAUA